CAUAACUUCCCCCUAUACGCAGUGUGCAUGGUGCAGAUUAGCCCUCUCCUCCACAAAAUCCACCUCUACCCUCCUUAUCCUAUACCCCAAGAGCUCGUUAGCCAGUCAGCGUCAUCCAAUUCAAUUUAAAGCUCCCUCCCUCACUUUUUCGCGAUGCAAUGCAAUGCAAUUAUCACUUUGUUUGUCUAAACCUGCUCAGCACUUGAAGAACCCUCUAAUGGCUGCAUCCGGGUCGGGCUCCAUCAUAUGGUUCAGGAAGGGGCUUCGGAUCCACGACAACCCAGCCUUAGAAUAUGCUUCAAAAGGGUCUGAUUUUGUUUAUCCAGUUUUUGUGAUUGACCCGCAUUACAUGGAGCCAGAUCCAAAAGCCUUCUCUCCAGGGUCAAGGCUCGCCGGUCUGAACCGGAUCCGUUUCCUGCUAGAGAGCUUAGUAGAUCUGGACACGAGUCUCAAGAAGCUGGGUUCGAGGCUGCUGAUCUUAAGAGGAGAGCCAGGUCAGGUUUUGACUCGGUGCUUGAAAGAAUGGGGUGUGAAAAAGCUUUGCUUUGAGUAUGACACUGAUCCACAUUAUCAAGCUUUAGAUAUUAGAGUUAAGGAAUAUGCCUCUGCAGCAGGGAUUGAAGUUUUUUCUCCUGUCAGUCAUACACUUUUCAAUCCAGCAGAUAUCAUACAAAGGAAUGGAGGAAAGCCCCCACUGACUUACCAAUCAUUUCUAAAGCUCGCUGGACAACCUUCAUGGGCAUCAUCCCCACUUUUAACCUCUAUUUCCUCACUUCCUCCAGUCGGAGAUGUUGGAAGCUCUGAGAUUUCAGAAGUUCCAACUAUCAAAGACCUUGGUUAUGGAGACAUUGAACAAGAAUGGAUUCCUUUCAGAGGAGGCGAAUCAGAAGCAUUGAAGAGGUUGAAAGAAUCAAUCAGUGAUAAGGAGUGGGUAGCAAAUUUUGAGAAACCUAAGGGCAAUCCUUCUGCGUUUGUAGAACCUGCAACAACUGUGUUAUCACCUUACUUAAAGUUUGGCUGUCUCUCUUCCAGGUAUUUCUAUCAAUGCCUUCAAGAUGUCUAUAAAAACGUCCAGAAGCACACGUCACCACCUGUAUCUCUUGCAGGCCAGUUGUUAUGGAGAGAUUUUUUCUACACUGUGGCUUUUGGUACUCCCAAUUUUGAUCGGAUGGAGGGCAAUAAACUAUGCAAGCAGAUACCAUGGAAUGAUGAUGAUGAAUUGCUAGCAGCUUGGAGGGAAGCUAGAACAGGAUAUCCUUGGAUUGAUGCCAUCAUGGUCCAGCUCCGCAAGUGGGGUUGGAUGCACCAUCUAGCACGGCAUUCUGUUGCAUGUUUUCUCACUCGUGGGGAUCUGUUUCUUCACUGGGAAAGAGGUCGUGAUGUUUUUGAGAGACUUCUGAUUGAUUCAGAUUGGGCAAUAAAUAAUGGAAAUUGGCUAUGGCUAUCGUGCUCAUCCUUUUUUUACCAGUAUAACCGUAUCUACUCACCAAUAUCAUUUGGGAAGAAGUAUGACCCAAAUGGUAAUUAUAUAAGACAUUUUCUCCCUGUUUUGAAAGAUAUGCCAAAGGAGUACAUCUAUGAGCCAUGGACAGCUCCACCAGGCAUUCAAAGAAAAGCAAAGUGCAUAAUAGGAAGAGAUUAUCCAAAACCAGUGGUGUAUCAUGAUUCUGCAAGCAAAGAGUGCAAGAGGAAGUUGGCAGAAGCUUAUGCAUUAAACCAAAAAUUGAAUGGCCAGCUGAGCCAAGAAGAUUUAGAUAAUCUAAGGAGAAAAUUGGAGCAAGAUGAAGACCUAGAGCCAAAAAUUAGAAGGCAAAGACAAAAAGUUAGUCACCUGACCUGAGAAGCUUUCUGCAAAACAUCUCAGGGAAAGAGGAAGAGGAUGUGUUGGGUAUACUUAAAGUAAAUUUUGAAUUUUAUUGAUUCAGGCUGACCAGUAGGCAUGAGGCAAAGAAAUGUGGACGUAAGCUCUUGGCGAGAACAUACUAUGGCUGUAGGAAAAUUUUAAAUGUUCAAGCUGCUCGAGCAGCUUAGGUUGAUGCAGCUUUGUUGAAGGGAAGUGCUUUUCUAAAUUGUGUAUCAAUUAAUAACGGUUGUUUUA